AUGAACUAGGGAGUUGUUGUUCAUUGAGAGCGUGAUAAAUCAUGCCACUCUCCUCUCCACAACAAAGCAAAGAAGUGGAAUAUAUUUUGUACACAUUGGUAGUGGUAUAAAUAUAUUUUAUCUGACUCGGGAAAAAAAAAAAACCCCCAAUCUGCAUCUCCUUCCUCCUCCUUCCUCCUCCUCAAUCCUCUCGCAUUCUCUUCCUCUUAGGAGGCCCCCUCUCCGCCGAUCUCACAAGUUAUUCGCUUCAUCUUUAUCAAUUUUCCGAUCAAACGAUUAUCAAUUUCUGGACAGUUGCUUCAUCGAGUUAAUUUUCUGGUUCUAGAGAGAGAAGGAGAAGCUAUUCGAGUCAAAAUUCUUCGCCACUGCUUCAAAUUCAACUAUUGUUUUUGCUGCAAAUUUGGAGUUUUAAUCCUCAGUAUACCUUCUGCUUCACUGAAUUAUGGAGUAUUUUCACUGGUGUUGUUUAGCAGAUUGCUAAUUAUAUUGCAGAUUACUACCAGAUUGUUCCUGCAGCUCAUAACCCCAUUUAAACCAAAAAAAAUUAACCAAAUAUGGCACUUUCAACUUCACUCUCUUUAGUAUCUCCCAAACUCUCUCAACAAAAUCUCACAUUUUGCACCUUCAACAACCAACCCUCCUCUUUAAAUGGGCAUAUCAAAUUCAAUCCAAACCUCAGAAACUCAGUCUCUAAACUCUUUAUCACCACCCAAAACACCCGAUUCCUAAAAUUUCGGUACGUAAGGAAUCAAAUAAACUCCAUGUUCACUGGCAUUGUUGAAGAGAUUGGCCGAGUUAAGCAAAUGGGUUAUGGCGAAGACGGUGGAUUUCAGCUUAAAGUUGUAGGAGACAUUGUCCUAAAAGAUGUCAAUCUUGGUGACAGUAUCGCAGUUAAUGGUACAUGUCUAACUGUGACGGAAUUUGACACUAAAGCGUCCGAAUUUACUCUUGGGAUAGCGCCUGAGACGCUUAGGAAGACGGCAUUGAUGGAUCUCGAACCAGGGUCAGUUGUUAAUUUAGAAAGAGCCCUUUUGCCUUCUACACGGAUGGGUGGUCACUUUGUCCAGGGACAUGUUGAUGGGACAGGAGAAAUUGUAUCACUAGUUGAAGAAGGUGAUUCUUUGUGGGUCAAGAUAAAAACAAGCCCAGAAAUACUGAGAUACAUUGUACCAAAAGGGUUUAUUGCAAUUGAUGGCACAAGUUUAACAGUGGUGGAUGUGUUUGACCAAGAAUUAUGCUUUAAUAUUAUGUUAGUUGCUUACACUCAACAAAAUGUGGUCAUUCCACUCAAAAAAGUUGGCCAAAAGGUUAAUUUAGAGGUUGAUAUUCUAGGAAAAUAUGUGGAAAGGCUCCUAAGUAGUAGUGGGGUUUUGGAUCCUACCAAAUUCACAUAGUACUCCAUAUCAUUGAGUUGGUUUUCGCAUAUAAGCCUAAAUUUGUAUACAACGGGUAUAUUGUAUACAAAACUUGCUAUUAGCAAAUAUUGAAUUUAGUUGUACGGGUCAAUAAGCCGUGUUCACAUAAAGUGUACAAUAAAUUAAUUUAUUGUAAAUGUUAUCUAGUUUUCGUA